AUGAAAACAAGGCCUCCCAAGCAUUGCUUUGCCAGGAUUCUUCAUGAUGAGUUUGGAUGGAAUCAGUCGCUGUUGGCAGGAGCUUCCGCCUGCUCUGCCUACUCACAGCUGCUCAGCAGUUCACGGAGUGGCAGAAGAGGGCAGAGAGGAGCCCAGGUGUCAAGGAUAAUAGUCAGUCUUCCGCAGUAUUUUUCUUCCAGAACUCAUCAGAGGGAGAACCAGCAGUGCCAGAUGAGAGAGCCCAGCAUUUGGCUGCUUCCCCAAGUCAAGGCUAGAAGGGGAUUGAGAAUUUGUGUUGUCUGCCAAUGUGGCGGGUAUCCUUCCUCUAGUGCUUUUGGACCCCCUGAAUUAUUUCUGCCUCAGUCCUAG